AUGUUAUAUAACAAAGUACAAAAGGCAAGCAGCAUCAGCGGCCCGAAUCGCCGUACGAAGUACCAUUUCGACCGGUUUGUACAGAUGGUCCUAUUCAUUGCAGCCUCUCCUGAAUAUUGCAGUCCGGUGAGUAGUAUGCAGGAUACUGCUGUCAGGCCAAACUUAAAAAAGGCAGACGUUCUUGAGCAGAAAAUAAAAAGCCUAAAUAUCGCUCUGGGCCCAAAAUUGGAAAAGGCAGAUCCUCUUGGUGAGCCUGUACAUAACCCAAGUAUCCCAGCACCCUCAUCCAGAGGAAAGGACCUUUCUGCAGCACAGAGACCCAAAAGCAGAAAGAAGCAAACCAUUCUUCCUAAUGGUCAGCCGAAAGAAUGUGCCACGUGCGGUGACACCUGGACUUCCCAGUGGAGAAGUGGACCGGAUGGGAAUGUUGAACUAUGUAGCCGAUGUGGCAUAGCUUAUAGAAAGAAAAUCGAAAAAAAGAUACGACAACAACAAUGCGGUGAGAAAGGUUCGAAAAAAUUUAUAUUUAGUAGUCAGUAA